UGAAAAUAUCGGGUAUCGGAGACAAAAGUAUCGAUACUUCUAAAUAUCGGAUCGUAUCGAACAUCCCUAACUUAUUGUGUGUUUGGCAGCGCUGUCUACUGUCAGGUAAUUAAUGAAGUUGUCCAUGAGUCCAUGGAUGUAAACAGGAAACACGGCACAACAAUCAGGAUGACGAAUAAAUCCAUCUGAAUACAGUGUAUAAAUAAUAUUGUUUUGCAAUAAAUAUAUUCGUGAAGAAAUUGUUGAUGUGAAACGGAUAUUACAGAAGACUUUUGUUGCUCUAAAAACUCUAUUUUUGUACUUGCAUUUGUUGAAUGGCUGUGAAACCAAGUGAAUAAACAAUGGACUUGUUAGAAACUGUGCUUCGUACAUGUGAAGCAGAAAAAUAUAUACAGGACUUCAAAAAUAAUAGCAUAGACACUUUUUCACUUAAAAUUUUAACUGAAGAUGACCUAAACUUAGUUGGUAUAGAUGAUGCAGAAAAACGGAGAGAUCUAUUAAAACAUAUCAGUAACUUGCAAAUACCCACAGAGAAAAAGGUCAACAUUGUCCUAGACCAAACAUUUAUCUCGCUUGUACUGAGUCAGAUAUCUGCGCAACUUCACAGACACCAUGCCAAUAUAACCUAUGCUUAUAAAAGGAGUGAUGUAGAUCUCUGUGACAUAAACUUAGUGCCUGCCAUAGGAACAUUACAGACCCUAUUAGACUCAUUAGCAAAGAAAGUUCAGUUAUUAGAAUCAAAGCUUGUCCAAAAGAAGAGAAAGAGACAUUUGGAUGUAUUGAUUCCCUCAGCAGUAUUAACAGCUUUAGGGUUUAUUAUGUGUGUGAGGUGUUUCAAAAACAUUAACUAGCAAAAUAGAUUAACAUUAAAAAAAAAUGAAAAAGUAUUAGUUGUAAAAUAUGUUUAUAUGUUUUGUACAGAAUGGUUUUGUAUUUACACAAAUAUUAUAAAUAGCAGCACAAUCAUCAAUACACUUCUUGACAAAAUAUACAUUAUUAUAUGAA